AUGUGCAGUCAGAUUACGAGGUUCAUCUUGGAAGCGAAGCGCGAGGAUCUACGUGUGCAUCAGCGGAAUCUUGUUACUGAAAAGAAGUUAUUGCAUGUUCCUGGGAGCGACAGAAAUGAUUUGAAGCGUUCUGAAAUCCCCGGUGUCCGUUCUCUUGGGAAACUUUGGCGUUUACGUUUGGCCUGUAGGCAAGCCGCUCCUGGCAAGCAGCUGCUAAGGCCUUUGCUUCUCCCUAGGUUGAGGAAUACUUCGGUGUCAAAAACCACUUACUGUUUGCCCGAUUUUCUUUAUCUCGCUGCUGAUGCAUCUAGAUGGUCUUUGAGCACCAGCAGUCAAUUACGUUGGUUGCUGGAUGCUGCGUUCCACGGCGGUCAGUCCGGACCUUCUAACACUCCGGUUUAUUACGAGGUUGGUGACGGCGCAGUUCUCAUUCCCGAUGCCUAUGGCUGUGUCGGAAAGGAAGAAAUCAGUCGGUGA